GCGCGGCGCAGGGGUCAUUUUCACUCCGGCAGUCGACGACUUCGGACGCUCGCUCCGUUCGCCAUGGCCAGGACCAAGCAAACCGCCCGUAAGAGCACCGGUGGGAAGGCUCCACGUAAGCAGCUUGCUACCAAGGCUGCUCGCAAGAGUGCACCUGCCACAGGAGGGGUUAAGAAACCGCAUCGCUACAGGCCUGGGACCGUGGCCCUUCGUGAAAUUCGCCGCUACCAGAAGUCGACCGAACUUCUCAUCCGCAAGCUGCCGUUCCAGCGCUUGGUGAGGGAAAUCGCUCAGGAUUUCAAGACCGACCUCCGAUUCCAGAGUUCGGCUGUGAUGGCCCUUCAGGAGGCCAGCGAGGCCUACCUGGUCGGUCUCUUCGAGGACACCAACCUGUGCGCCAUCCACGCCAAGCGCGUUACCAUCAUGCCGAAGGACAUCCAGCUGGCCCGGCGCAUCCGUGGCGAGCGCGCCUAAGUUCGGCCGCUGUCUGCGCCGCAGCCUCGGUCGGUCAGGCAAGCAACACAAAACGGUCCUUCUCAGGACCACCUACAUGUUUGCUUCGGCCACGGGAGCACGCGAGACCACGUACUCCAACCGUACCCUCUCGGUCUGUCUGUUCUGUUGUUGUUUUUUUAUUAUUAAUAUUUGUGCGUGUGUGUCUGUGGUGGGCUGCCGGUGCGAGGUGUUGCCUCGUUUGGUAUGCAUAUGGUAAGUAUUGCGCGCGCUCGAGCACGAACAAGAAGAGAGAGGAAAAUAAAAAAAAGAAACAAAAUGCGCGUUCGUUGCGAAACGGUUCGCGCAUUCAUGCGAAGAAGCCGCGCCCGAAAACGAAAGUAAUGCGGCCGAUGUUGCGUGCAAGCUUUCGUGUAUUGGAAUGCCAUGCGUGCGUUUGU